AUGAAUACCGUGAGUGUAUUGGCAAACUUCAAUUCCGGCCACGGGCUGGGGAGCUUAACCCAAUAUGCAUGCAUCGGGGCAAAUAUCAUGUUCCUGUCGAGCGCCAUCAUCACUUCCUUCGCCUCGAUGUUGGGAGAUCCCUUCAACCACUUCAAUUCCCAUCCAUAUUGGAUGUUUACAAACUUUUGUUCCUUUGCAGUGGCAAGCGCCAAUAUUAGCGUCGCCGGAACCAUCUCGUCACGCUUUCGCAAUGUCGCCGACAGCGUGCCUGAGCCGGGCUUGGAAGACAAGCGCGUCCAAACCCUGAAAACGGCAUUCUACCUCAGUACAACCCUGUGCACAGUCUUUGCCGUUGCCACAGCCCUACUGGCCGGGAUAUGGGGACGAGCGGCGUCUGAGAAUGUUGCUUUUGUGGUGCCAUGCACUUUUGGCGCCAUUGCUGUACUGCUGGACCUGGCUGCAAUUAUGGAUAACUUCAAGCGAUUCAAGGAAGAAACUACAUCUGUGGAACUGGAAUGA